AUGGAAGAUAAAUCUUCAGUGCUGGCGACUACUCUUUCGUCAGAUCCAAGCCACGGACAACUCUCCUGCAAAGGUGACAAAACAUGUCAGCCUCCUCAUAUUUCGAUUGAUGUCUCAGCCCGACAACUGUCGCCGCCUGACGACUCAGCGGGACAUCUCUAUGAAUUCCACUACUUCGCAAAGCUACCGGCGGAAGUCCGAAGCAAGAUUUGGAACCUGGCGUUCUCUCUAUCUUCACCUCGAAUAUACAUUCCGUUUUCGGUCGGAUCACAGAACGACUUUUUGGUCUUAGACCUUGAUAAGGAGAAUGAUGUAGAUUGGCUUUUAGCAUUACGGGACCGUUUUCCAAAGUGCGAUAUUCCUUGGGAUGUUAUUGAGAAUGAUUUUUGUCGAGAAAGAAACCUUGAUUGGCAACUUGGAGUACUUAACGAUUGGGGUACAGGAGUAGAGGAGUUCGAGGGUCAAUAUCAUAUUCGCCUUGGCGAUGCCGACAGCAAAGACGUGCGACAUCUUUCUCUGCCAACGGAUGUGCAAGUGGAUGUUUUGGAUAUUGUCAAUGAUACUUGGGUUGAUCCAGAUGGUAUAUCGGAUAGUUUACAUGGCUAUUUUUGGUUCAUGAUGCCAUGGGUGGAUUAUGCGACUUUGGUCAGUCAAAUUUGGGCCUCAUCCAUCGGCGUAGCAACAUUUCCCGAGACUCCAGAAGCCGUUCUUUACUACACUCAAUAUCAGCCCACGAUAAGCUCGUGGGGCACUUACGUCUGUGUUUAUAUGAAUAAGCCUGUUAAGUGA